AUGGCCGAAGUUCAACUGACCUUUGGAAGAACCGACGACUUUGUCGUUGUUUCCAAGCCAAAGAAGGGUAUCGCUUUUGUCGAGGCCCGCUUCAACGAUGGCUAUACACACACCGACAAGGGAUGCCAGCAAAUUCUGGCUUUACUUCAGAGAGAGUUGAGCCCCGACAAGCUCAAUGACGACACCAUCAUCUCCCUUGAGACCGAUCUUCUGAAAGAUACUCUCCUCUACAAGGACGUCCCCCGGGAUAUGUUCCACUCCUUGCGCGUUGUCGAGUUCCAAGGGCUUGACCCGUCUACACGCUAUGUCUCGGCGCGAGAUGUUGCUAUCAAGAUCAACUUCUACGGUCUCAGCAACGACUCUACAAUGCUGUCCGAUUACGACAUGGUCACUGUCCUUCCAAGCUCAAAGCUCGACGGUCUCUGGGAACUCUGCUGA